AACAACAACAAAAAGAAAAAGACAGAAAAGUUAUAUUUGUUUUUCACACUAAAAAAUAUUAUUUGUGGCCAAAACGAACAUCAUUAUGUCUGAAUGACUGACAUGUGUUGACGAAUUGAAUUGAUGAGUUUCAAGAAAACGAAAAAAACAUUUGUACUUGAUUUGCCAUAAGUAACGAAUUUAUAAUUUUUUCCUGUUUGAACAACAACAACAACAACAACAAAAAAGAAAUAAAAGAAUGGCACUUGGUAUCAAGUUCGCACCACUUUUUAUACCAUUAAGACGUCGUCUACAAACAGCAGCCGUAUUUUAUUAUUGUUCGAAUUUUCUAUUCUCAGGAACCACGGUUUUGAUAUUUUUAUUAUAUUUAUUAUUCACACCUUACUAUUAUUUAUCAUUAAUUUAUCUGGGUUGGUGGAUUUUCGACCAAGAAACUCCUGUUCGUGGUGGACGGAGAUGGCAUUGGUUUCGCCGCUUACCAAUGUGGCGUUGGUUUGCCGAAUAUUUCCCUGUCAAAUUGAUUAAAACCACUGAUUUACCAGCAGAUAGAAAUUAUAUAUUCGGAAUGCAUCCACAUGGAAUUUUAUGUUUCUCACAUUUUGUUAAUUUCGGUACAGAAGGAACAAAUUUUUCCCAAUUAUUUCCAGGCAUUACACCACAUUUGAUCACCUUGAAUUUUCAAUUUCUGAUGCCUUUACAACGUGAACAAUUCUCAUUGACUGGUGCUUGUUCAGCAUCGAAAGAAAGUUUGGAAUUUAUUCUCAGUAAGAAAAAAGGAACCGGAAAUGCUGUAGGUCUAAUUAUAGGUGGUGCACGUGAAGUACUUGAUACCAUACCGAAUACAAUGAUAUUGACAUUGAAAAAACGUAGAGGUUAUGCGAAAGUAGCUUUAGAAAAUGGAGCAUCAUUAGUACCGGUCAUAUCGUUUGGUGAAAAUGAACUUUAUCAAACAAUGCAUCACGAAGAGAUGACGAUUGGUCGAAAAAUACAGGAAAAAUUGUACAAAUUAUUAACAUUUACACCUCCAUUAUUUCUCGGUCGUGGAAUUUUUCAAUAUUCAUUCGGUAUAAUGCCAUUCCGUAAAGAGGUUUUUACAGUUGUUGGCAGACCAAUUUUUGUGGAAAAAACACCACAUCCUACCGAUUCGCAAGUGGAUGAAUUGCAUGAAAAAUAUUUGAAAGAAUUGACAAAUCUAUACGAAGAAAAUAAAAUGAAAUAUGGUUAUGGAGAUAUUCCAUUGAAAAUUAAAUGA